AUGCUGCUGCAAGAAGCAGAGAAGAUAGCCUCCUGGCAUCUUUGCCAUGCGUCCUGGGAUCGAAAUUCCCUCUCCAUCAUCGCAACACGACCGCCCCCCCCGACCAAGAACAUUCAGCCUGAAGUUGAAGUGAAGACGCUCUUCCAGUUUCCGAACAACGGGUCUUGGAUCGACAACGUCGUGCUUCGCUCAAACGGCAACUUGCUCUUUACUCUCCUCGACGCCCCGGAGGUCUGGUCUGUAGACCCUAAGACGGGGAAUGCCUCGGUCGCACACUCGUUCCCAAAUGCAACCAGCUGCUUUGGCAUCAGUGAGAUCGACGACGAUGUGUUCGCCGUCGUGGUGGGAAACUUCUCGACUAAGACCUACGCCCCAACUGCAGGCUCCUUCUCCGUUCAGAAGCUGGAUUUCAACAAGGCAGGGGCAGGCAAUGAGCGGGUCUCUGCUGGCCCGGCUGCCUCGGUGAUUGCGGCUGUCCCGGAGGCGCAAGCUCUCAACGGAAUGACCACCUUCACUAAGGAAUCGAACUUGGUGCUCAUCGCUGACAGCCCGAUAGGAGCUGUGUGGAAAGUUGAUAUCAAGUCGGGCGAAUACAAGGUCGCCUUGAACGAUACGGCGAUGACGCCAGCUGAGGGAGUGCCACUACCCUUGGGCGUCAAUGGGCUGAAGGUCUUGAACGGAUAUAUGUACUUUUCCAGCACGACGCGCAUGCAGUACGGACGAGUCAAACUCAAUGAUGACGGAACCGCCGCUGGCGACUUUGAGAUCAUUGCCAGUGGAUUCUUGCCCGAUAACCUCGACAUCGCGAAGGAUGGCACUGCCUACAUCGCCACCGACCCUCAGAACUCGGUGGUCCGAGUCACACCCUCCGGGCAAAUCUCCUUGGUGGCCGGUGGUCAACUCUCUACCAAGAUCCCGGGGGCUACGUCCUGUCGCUUGACGGACGAUGAAAAGACUCUUUACGUUGGGACCAGCGGCGGACAGGUGGCCCCGGUCUUGGGCACAUUCAUGGAGCCCGCGAAGAUCGUUCAGAUUACAUUCAAAUGA